UUCCCGGGUUAGCUAGCUUUUCUAAAGGUAAACAAACACGCGAAAAUGACAUUGAAAUCAAUAAUUACAAUUUCAGUUAGUUCUCAUUACUUUCUAUACAGCACAAGGUAGUUAUUCAGCCCGUUAAAGAAAUGAUUUAGCCUCGGUUUCAACGGGAAGCAAAGGAUGGCUCUUUCAUGCGUGCGACUGUGCACUCGACACGUGAGCACACAGCUUCAAGUCUGUGGCUAUGCAACACUCAAUAAAGCAUCCAGACCUCGGGAGAAAACCAGCAGCGAUCCAGUUUUUCAGUAUGUCGGCCGGCACAAAAAGCCCACCCACAAAGUGUUUGUGUGGGGCUUCAGCUUCACCGGUGCUCUGGGUAUCCCCAGCUUUGUGGUGCCGGACAGCGGCAGGAAAAAUCCUCGCAAAUAUCAGCUGACUCCUUACAGACUGGAGACAGCAGAACAGAUCUCGUCUGCUGCUUGUGGUUACGGCUUCACUCUCAUCGCCUCGCCAACCAAAGAUGUGAUCAAGCUGUGGGGCAUGGGCCUUAACAAGGACUCUCAGCUGGGCUUCCAACGCACGCAACACAGCCGCCAUAAAAGCUACGACUACGUGUUGGAGCCGUCCCCGGUGGCUCUGCCGCUCGUCGAGCCUCUGCAGACCAAAGUGCUUCAGGUUGCAUGUGGCCGGGCUCACUCUCUGAUCCUCACUGACCAGGAGGGAGUUUUCAGUAUGGGCAACAAUGCGUACGGCCAGUGUGGAAGGCGGAUAGUUGAAGAUGAAGUUUACAGUGGCAGUCACAUCAUUCACAAGAUAGAAGGCUUCAGCAGCAGGGUCACCCAGGUGGCAUGUGGACAGGAUCACAGCCUUUUCCUCAGUGAGACAGGGAAAGUCUUUGCAUGUGGAUGGGGCGCAGAUGGACAGACAGGUCUUGGACAUCACAAAAUCAGCUCCCUUCCGACGGAGGUGGGCGGGGAUCUGGCCGGGGUGGAGGUGCAGCAGAUCAGCACGUACGGAGACUGCAGCUUGGCCGUGUCCAGAGAGGGACAGCUGUACGGGUGGGGCAACUCCGAAUACCUGCAGCUGGCUUCAGUCACUGAGGCCACACAGAUCAACUCUCCUCGACAUCUCCCUCUGACAGGCUGCGGAAAAGUGGUUCAGGCCGCGUGUGGAGGCACACAAGUCGCCGUUCUCAACGAGAAAGGAGAAGUGUUUGUGUGGGGCUUCGGCAUCCUCGGAAAAGGCCCAAAUUUAUCCGAAUCCUCGACCCCGGAGAUGAUUCCCUCCACACUGUUUGGGCGCUCAGAGUUUAACCCCUCGGUAGCCAUCACCAAGAUCAGGUGUGGCCUCAACCAUUUUGCUGCAGUCACGGAUCGCGGCGAGCUCUUCGUCUGGGGGAAGAAUGUGAGAGGUUGUUUGGGCAUCGGGAAGAGAGACGACCAGUACUUCCCGUGGCGGGUGACGGUGCCCGGUCAGGUGGUGGACGUAGCUUGCGGUGUCGACCACAUGGUGGCGCUGGUGAAGUCCCUCCUGUGAGCUCCUGCGCUCCUCAGCAGUGGAUGAAAGGCUGGAUGUUUGGCUGAGCCUCCCGCUGACCCCCCGGCCGCCUCGGGGAGCCGAUCGGGGGCCGCGCUGGAGUCUUGAAGCCAGCUGUUCUCCACAGGCGACGGACCCUCGUGUCCCUUCGCCCUGCGGUGACGUCAAGCCGAGCGCAGGGCGGUCGAUUCAGCAGCAAACUGUCACUGACACAGCUCACUUUACCCUGCAUGAAGGUCGUAUGGGGAAGAUAUCAAAGGAUAGUUUUGUUUUAUUGCAACUUGAGCUGAAACAAUUAAUCGAUUUAGCAAAACAGUGAAAAAAUG